AUGGCCACCACCAAAGGCGCAAAACCACAAAUGUCCUCACUCUACGCUGAACCAACGGAAGAUUACGACGAACCUACACCUACGAGCCGUCUUACAUUCACACCAUGCACCAGAAUGUCAAACCUUACUCUGGCAUCACAGUCUACCACAGAAAACAACGGUCGAACACGCUUCUUCUCUUAUAACCAACGACCCGCAACCGAUUUCAACACCAAGUUAAAACGUGCGUUUGCAGGUGAACAAGAUACACAGAGUCAUCCCAACUUGUCCAUGGUGGUGGGUGGAGAGAAAAUCAGCUUUGACCGGUUACAAAAGGAUAUGCAUGGCUCAGGGAUGCUCUUUCACUCGGAUGAAGACGAAUCGGAAGAAGACGAAGAGGACCUAUUGAGAGCCUACUCUUCGCCAGAACAUUCACCGUCCUCGUCUCCAGAACAGUUUACUUUGGAUUCCAUAUUUGAUAUGAAUGUGAAGAUGCCUACCCCUCAAGGAUUUGGGGAUAAUCCCUUGGUAGUGCAGCAACAGCCACAACUACAACUGCAUGACGACAAUUUGGACGACGAUGACGACGACGGACACUAUGACCCCACCUUCUCAUGGGUGAACCAAGUAUUCGAAGACAGUGACGAGCAUGACGAUGAUCUUGUGAUAAACGAAAGCUACUACUAUGUCGAUGAUGGCAAGGAUAACAACAACAGCAACAACAACAGCAGUAGCAGCGAACUUACGGAUAACGAAAACCUGCCACCAACAAGUUCAAGCAACAGCAGCACAAAGCGUGGAAAGACUCGAUCAUGGGCUUGCAGUAAUAGCAGCAGCUCCUCCCGCUCCUCUUCUUCAACAUCAUCAUCCACUAUCUCAUCCACACCGUUAUCACCAGUAAGACGUGCGCCCCUGCAGGAGUUACCGCUGGAUGAAACAACAGAAGACAACAACGACAAGCUGCAUCCAAGGAAAAAGAUGAUCUUGAACAACAAAAAGUCGAUUGGCGACUACCGAACACCGAUUCCAUCAUCAUCAUCAUCAUCAUCAAGAAAAUCAUUUAUGCGCGCUCUCUCGCCAUCAUCUUCACGCAAGGGCAAAGAGCCAGCUCCUAAUUGA